AUGUCUUCAUGGCGGGCGGUCCCCCCCGCGAAGCCCGUCGACACUCCCCGCACCCUCCUCCUUGCUCCCCCCUCCAUCGCCACCCAGGAGGACAAACUCCGCGAGCUCUUCACAGCUUACCCUCGCCAAACCUCCGACCUUCAGAUGCUCGACCGUCUCGCUUCCGGCGUCGUUACUCUCCCUUCUUCCGCAUACGAUCUCGUCCUCAUUAUCACCGAUGCCGAUGGCUCUCGCCGCUCCGAGGCCCUCCAACUCCUCACUCGCGAUGUAUACACUGCUCUCGUCCCCGCCAUGAAGCCUGGCGCCAAGUUACAGACCCAAGACAAACCACUUGAUGCGACCGAGGCCCUGGAGGCCGUGCUGGCCGGCCUCGUACAGAAUGAUUCGGGAUUCGAAAAACCUAAUUACGAACAAUCAUCCGCUGUCCCACUGAAGCUCGGAGGAAAGAAAAAAAAGACUACUGCCCCGGCUGCUCCACCCGCAGCAGUAUCAUUUAAUACUACUGCAAACGGGAAUGGGUUCGGGUUCGUUGGACUGAACGGAACCGACCAUGACCUGGACGAGGACGAAGAUUUGAUUGAUGAGGACGAUCUCUUGGACGAAGAUGAUCUCGCCAGACCAAUCAUGCCGCGUAUGCUUUAUCCGAGGUCACCCCCUUUUCAACGUUACAACAUCAAGCUAACUAUUCUCUCCACAGCCCCAGAGUGUCAACCCAAGACCGGUCGGAGGCGGCGAGCCUGCAAGGAUUGUACCUGCGGUCUCGCCGACCGCCUCGAAGCAGAGGAUAAGGCGCGCCGAGAGGCUGCUGAUAAGAGUUUGAACGUGAUGAAGCUGCAGACGGACGAUCUGAACGAACUGGAUUUUACCGUGCAAGGCAAGCAAGGCUCGUGUGGAAGCUGUGCGUUGGGCGAUGCGUUCCGUUGCGACGGCUGUCCAUAUAUGGGACUACCUGCGUUCAAGCCAGGACAGGAAGUUCAGAUCCUCAAUGACGUUGCGCAACUAUAG